ACAGCAAAGUUACUAAGCUACUAGCAGCUGCAAGACCUUACAGGAUUGCUGACAAAACAGCUACCAGCUGUCAGCCUUAAAAUUAUAAACAGCACUGGAACAUAGGCUUUUCCAGCUAUAGAUUGCUCCCAAACAAAAUGAAUGGACCAGUUGAUUAUAUACAGGAACACACAUUGAAAGAUGUAGGAGCAUUUAUGUUUACAUCUGAGUCUGUUGGAGAAGGUCAUCCUGACAAGAUCUGCGACCAGAUCAGUGAUGCUGUUCUUGAUGCCCAUUUGAGUCAGGAUCCAGAUGCCAAAGUUGCUUGUGAGACCGUUUGUAAAACUGGGAUGGUUUUGCUUUGUGGAGAAAUAACAUCCAGAGCUGUUGUGGACUAUCAGAAAAUUGUUAGAGACACAAUAAAGUACAUUGGAUAUGAUGAUUCUGAAAAAGGAUUUGACUAUAAGACCUGCAAUGUGCUGGUAGCUCUGGAACAACAGUCUCCUGAUAUUGCACAAGGAGUUCAUUUGGAUAGGCAAGAAGAAGAUAUUGGAGCAGGAGAUCAGGGAUUAAUGUUUGGUUAUGCAACAGAUGAGACAGAGGAGUGCAUGCCGUUGACUAUAGUACUUGCUCACAAGCUGAAUGCCAAGUUGGCUGAGUUGAGACGCAAUGGUGUACUGCCUUGGCUUCGACCAGAUUCCAAAACACAGGUAACAGUAAAAUACAUUCAGAAGAAUGGAGCAGUUAUACCUGUACGUGUACACACCAUAGUGAUUUCAGUGCAGCAUGAUGAAACAAUAUCUUUGUCAGACAUGCAAGAUGCCCUAAAGGAACAGGUCAUUAAGGCUGUUGUCCCUGAAAAAUACCUGGAUGAGAAAACUGUUUACCACCUGCAACCCAGUGGGCGCUUUGUCAUUGGUGGACCACAGGGGGAUGCAGGUGUCACAGGCCGUAAAAUUAUCGUGGAUACUUAUGGAGGAUGGGGUGCUCACGGAGGUGGCGCAUUUUCAGGGAAAGACUACACUAAGGUUGACCGUUCAGCUGCUUAUGCUGCCCGAUGGGUAGCAAAAUCACUGGUGCAUGCAAAGCUCUGCCAUCGUGUUCUGGUUCAGGUAUCUUAUGCUAUUGGCGUGGCCUAUCCACUAUCAGUUUCUCUAUUUACCUAUGGUACAUCUGAGAAGACCGAAAAGGAAUUGCUGGAUAUCGUAAACAGGAACUUUGACCUACGACCUGGAGUAAUUGUCAGGGACCUUGACUUGAAGAAGCCGUUAUACCAGAAAACUGCAUGUUAUGGUCAUUUUGGCAGAGAGGACUUUCCAUGGGAGGUUUCAAAGGAGCUUGUUUUCUGAUGGUGAAAAAUGUUUCUGUACCAUAAUAUACACAAAUGCCACUGAAGCAAUUCUGAUUUAGAAAUUUCAUAUGACUGUGGCUUGCAGCUGUGACUCUCAAGUCACAAUGGAAUGCAAAUACAGCUGAAUCAUACUGAAAUGGAGUGGAUACACAGAUGAUAUCGAACACCAUAAACUAAUUGAAACAAAUGCAAACUAUAUGCCUGCUACCUCCUUCUUCAAAAUCUGCAUUCAUUGUAUGGCAUUUGUGUGAAUUUCAAAAAAAUAAAUAAAUAAAUAUAUAUAUAAGGGAAUAUGGUGUCAGCUUGGGCAAACUCAUUCUUGCUUUAUGACAAUGUAUUUGAUGCUGCUACAUUAAUAAUGUUAACCAACAAUGCAAAAUUGACGUCAGCAACAUUGUUAUUAUUGCACUACAUGCUAUUUCAAAUCAUCAGGAUAAAGUAUGAUAUUUGCAUUUUGAAGUCCUAUGUAACAUGCUUACAUAUAGCUCUUACUUUCAUAAACGUCAUUGCGUAUUGGCUUAUAUUGCAUAAUCUUAAUUUGUUUUGUUGAAUAAUAUUCAUUCUCAGUAAUCAACAGUCCCUUUACUUAAUUUCAUUUACUUAGUCAUUUACUUAACCCGUGGGAGCAAGUCACUAAGUGGUGCUAGAGAGACUUACUGGUUCAUGUAGAAAGCGUUUGUGCCCAGGAAUCUGCUUCGAGCGCCACAGUGUUGAUCCAAGCUGCAUGAUUCCAUAUUGGUAGCAAAACAAUCGUAUUUGUUUUUUUAAGGUUUUAAGGUUUAAAUUAUUUUUAGCAGACCGAAGAUACAGUUUCCAAAUUACUAAAAGAUCCCUUAUUCUGAAUACCCCAGAUCCCAAACAUGCUGAAUUUUUGUGUGUAUUUUCAGGUUAAGUUUAGCAAAUCAAUAUGAGCUUAUGUGGUUAUUUCAAUUAAAAGAGAAAAUGUAAUACUCUAUUUUAAUAGUCUGCUUAAAUGGGUUACAAAUGGUCAGAAUUUUGUUAUCCAGCUGUGACAUAUUGGGGCAGAUUCCCUUUGCAGCGAAAAUUCACCAGCGACGGCUUCGCAGCCAUCACAACACUUCGGCAAGCUUAAUUCGGCAGGACAACGCUAAUUCCCUAAAAUUAUGAAUGCCUGCUUGGAAUCAUAAUAUUUUAAUUAUGUCAUGAAUGUUUCUGAUAAUUAAAAUAUUUCUGAUAUUAAAAUAUAUUGUUUUCAUAAUAUACAGUAGAUUGGUGAAAUAAUUUUCAGAAUUUGAAUUACAAUGCAUUUAUAAUAAAUAUGAUUGAUAAAAAAUAAAGGUUCUUUUCCUUUA